GACAUCUGUAGAAUACUUUGUGAACUUUAGUCGAGUAUAGCUGUCUGUCGAAGCUUUCGCUUGCUCUGCGUCUCGUCGUGGUCGCUUUUUAACGGUUUAUGUCACGGUAAACCGCCGAUUGAUGAGAUUAACCGCGGUGUUAAUGCGUCCUUUUCUACGUGCCUUCAAAAAUGGUUUUUAUAAAACCAAUGUCUAAACUAAAUAAAAAUCUCACAAAGACAAUCAAUAGCAUCCAUUGCAUCCAAACAUCGUGUUGACAUGAUUGAUUCUGGUCUGCAACCCGAGGUGGUGCUCUCGGAGAGCAAUCGUAAGGCUUGCAUCGAGAAAUUCAAGACCAUUCAAGUGCCGAAGGUGCGCAGGAAAGUGCCAGAAGCGGCCGUUUUAGUUCCAUUAUGUUUAUGUAACGGAGAAUUAGGUUUUCUAUACACACUGCGAUCCAUGAAGCUCUCCUCUAAUCGAGGACAAGUAUCCUUCCCAGGUGGUAUGCGCGACGAGGACGACGCCGAUCUGGUGGAAACGGCGUUGCGAGAAACCUGGGAAGAGCUAAAGAUUCCCAAAGAGAAAAUCGAUGUGUGGACCACAGGGAAUCUUAUUGGCAAGUCCAACGUCAAUGUGAUGCCGGUUCUAGCCUAUAUCGGUGAGAUAGAACCGGAGAAGCUGGAGAUGAAUCAGGACGAGGUGGAGGACGCGUUCGUGGUCAGUCUACAGCAAUUGUGCGACCCUGAGCUAAUUCGUUUUACGACUUUUCGCCAUCCAGUUGUGACCUUGCCAUCUUACCUGGGUGGGAAGUAUCGUGUCUGGGGAUUUACCGGCGCCAUCACUCACAUGGCACUUGAAUGCUUGGUGCCACAAGUCUACAAUUACAAGUAUUUUUCAAUACAACCGAUACGAAAGGAUGUUUAUGAUACGGAAACGAGUAGUUCUGAUUCUAACUCUACGCGUUCAAAAAUGUAAAAAGCGUAGUAGAGUAAAAGAAUUAGAAUAAAGUAUUAACAGCAACAGAAUUUUAAUGAAUUCAAAUUUUAACGCUAAUAGAUUUCCAUGUUCCAACGCAAUAGUCAAGAUGUUGGGCGAUGCAAUGGAAAUGUUAUUUUUACAAAUUAUAUUUUUUUAUUAAAUUAAAAAUUGAAUUUAUUAAAAUUUUGCAGAUUUUAAAUCUCAUGUAUAAAGUUUGGAAUGGUGAAUUUAUCAAAGCUUUGACGUUGAUUAUUCAACGUUAAACCUGUAACUCCUGUUUUGAACAGGAUAAAAUUUAAAUAUUCUAUUAUAACAUACGUUAGAAAAUUGUUGCGGGUUUUGUAUAAAUCUUUUAAUAUUUAGAGUUAUCAAAAAUAGAUUAAAUAUUAAUAGUUCUUUUUACAAUUGAUAAAAAAUAAAUUGACAAAAAUGAAAUAUG